ACUGUCGCUCGGCUAACACUAUAUCAGCAAAUUGGUAAAUGGCACCACUCGAACGUAUCCGUUCAAUCAACUUAAGACAAGAAGAUUUAGUCGUGAACUCGCUUUCCGGUGUGUUUGGACACUCUUAGAUGUGCUCCAGUGUUCCUUUAGCAAAAUGGAUGUGUACAGAGUCAGUUAAUGGGAAUCAAAAUGGAUAUCAUAACAGGAUCCUUAAUCGUCAAUAUUGACGCGUAAAUAACCUGAUCAGUGUAUAUAACCCGUAAAAAUGAACGGUAUUAGCGUUGAGAAGCCCAUCGCUAAUGUAGAAAAGGAACAGACGCCAAAAUCUUGCAGCGUAAAGGAAAAACUACUCCAAAUACGCUCAAACAUAACAGUGGAACCAAUAAUUGCGUGCUAUAUAAUGUCCAAUGUUUUUUCGGGUCUUGCUGUACAGAAUUUGAACCUAGAGAAGGCCUGUCGGGUCAACUUGGGAUACAGUGACGAAGUGUGCUCAGCAUUAAAUAAGAGACAGACUGAAAACUAUACUUUCGAAGAAUCAGAAGUGCAGAAAUUAACAGCAUCUGUCCAAGCUUGGAAGAAUAUCGUCCAAACGGCGUUUCCAUGUAUUUUGGUCUUAUUUGUUGGAUCUUGGAGCGAUAAAACUGGUAAAAGGAAAGCGUGCAUCUUGUUACCAAUUAUUGGGGAGAUUUUGUGCUGUACAUGCUUUAUACUGAAUACAUAUUUCUUCUACGAAUUACCAUUGGAGUUGACCGCCCUAUCCGACUUAUUCCCUUCACUAACUGGUGGUUGGAUAACUGUUUGUGUUGGUGUAUUUAGUUAUAUCGGUGAUGUGACCACAAAGGAAAUGAGGACAUUUAGAGUAGGAGUGGCAAAUCUGUGCAUGUCACUUGGUAUACCGAUUGGGAUGUCCUUAAGUGGGAUCCUGUUGCAGAAAAUCGGAUAUUAUGGCAUAUUCCUGAUAUCUAAUUGCCUGUAUCUUACAAGUUUCAUAUAUGGAUAUAUAAGGCUUAAGGAUCCUGAGUUUUCACAUGGUCGAGAGCGCGAACAGCCAGUUGGUUUUCAGGGAUGGGUGUGUUCAUUUUUCGACGCGCGUCAUGUUCGCGAGACUCUCACUGUAGCCUUUAGAAGUGGACCCCGACGGAGAAGACUUCGAGUGUCCCUGCUGAUUGUGGUCGUAUGUGUUAUAUUUGGGCCGUUACAUGGUGAAAUGAAUGUGUUAUAUCUAUUCAUGAGAUACAGAUUCAACUGGGAUGAGGUACAAUUUAGUAUGUUCUGCACCUACAGUAUCAUCACUAAUUUAGUUGGUACCUUGUUCUCAAUCAGCAUAUUCAGUGAUUUUAUGAAACUGGACGAUUCGGUGGUGGGAAUUAUUUCAUGCACCAGCAAAAUACUCGCUUCUUUUAUAUUCGCCUUUGCGACAACUACUACAGAAAUAUAUUUAGCCCCCCUUGUGGAAAUUUUUAAUGGGACUUCCUUCAUAGCAAUGAGAUCCAUAGCCUCCAAACUGGUCACGAGUGAAGAAUUGGGCAAGGUUAAUUCACUCUUCGGACUGGCUGAAGCUAUGAUGCCGUUGGUGUAUGGACCCCUGUACUCCAGGGUGUACAUGGCAACCCUGAACGUACUUCCAGGCGCUGUGUUCCUUCUGGGUGCUGCUAUGACUGUUCCAGCUGUUGCUAUAUUCGGAUGGAUGUACUUUCAACAAAAGGAAGACGGCAAAGAAGACACAGACACUAGUAAUACAGAUAUAUAAACAGUUUUAUUCAUUUAUGUAAUAUAAUACAAAUAAAUAAUUUUAUAAGUUA